AUGCCGGGGGGGGGGUCUCGGCUGUCCCCAGGUGUCCCCAAGUGUCCCCUCACCGCCACGCCCGAGUGGUGGCACCGGGACCAGCCCACCCUGGGGACACCUCGGGGUCCCUCCGGGGGACACGGCAGCCCCAGGGCAGCCGCGGAGCGCCGUGCCUCGGUGACAGGAGGUGGCACCGGAGGGGUGUCCCCUGUGGGACCCCCCCGAGGGCCCCCCCGGCCCCGCUGGCUCCGUCAAUCAGCGCUGGCCCCGCUCCCGGUGCGGAACAUGGAGGGCCCCGAGCUGCUCCGGCUCUGGGCGCUGGCAGGCGAUUCCUGCCCUUCUCAGAGCCCCAGGGGUCUGUGGGCACUGGGGAAACUGAGGCAGGGAGGGGUCACGGUCCCAGCCCUGGCUCCAGCCCCGUGUGUGGCCACAGCCCUGGCCCUGGGCGUGUCCCUGGCCACUGUCCCCGACCACCACGUCCUCCCCGAGCUCCGCGUCCCCGCCGAGACCGGAGCCAUCUUCGUCCACGAGCUGGAGAGGGAGCCCUUCCUGGAGGCCUUCAGCGGCAGCGAGGAUGAUGAUGCCCCGGUGACCUUCCGUGCCCACCUGUGGGGACACCCGGACCUGCCGCGGUGGCUGCGCCUGGCGCAGCGGGGCCCCGGCCAGCCCGGCUUCCUGUACGGCUGCCCCGGAGCCCCGGAGCUGGGCAUGCACAGCAUCCAGGUGCUGGCCUACAACCGCCACACCUUCGCCACCGCGUCCCAGCGCCUCGUCAUCACUGUCACCCCCGCCCCAGGCGGGGAGGCGCCGUUCCAGGCCGAGUUCCUGGUGGGGAACAGGGACGUGGAGGAGCUGCUGCCCGAGGCAGCGCGGGAGAUGUUCCUGCAGGCCUCGGCCGGGCUCUGGGAGCGCGGGGACCUGCACGUGGUCAACAUCACCUCCGCCCUGGACCGCGGCGGCCGCGUCCCGCUGCCCAUCGAGGGCCGCAAGGAGGGGGUUUAUGUCCAGGUGGGCUCCCACAGCCCCUUCUCGCCGUGCCUGGCCUCGGCCGUGUCCCCGCAGAGCCGCGCCCGCUGUCACCGUGGCCAGCGUCCCCUGGCCUCCUGCUACGACACCUUCGCCCCCCACUUCUCCAUCCGCUGGUGCAACCUCACCCUGGUGCAGGUGGCUCCCAGCCCCUCCCCGCCGGGGCCGCACUGGGGGCCGGGGGUUCUGGAUGGGGGCGCCACUUUGAGGCCGCCCAGCGAGGCCCCCCCCCGGCAGCUGCUGUCCCCGUUCCUGGUGACGCUGCUGGUGCCGCUGGCGGUGGCCGCGCUGCUGUCCCUGCUCCUGGGCCACCUCAUGUGCUGCCGCAGGGAGGGAGUGGAAAAACGGGACUUGCAGACGUCUGACAUCCAGCUGCUCCAUCACAGCUCCAUCCUGGGCGACACGCGGGAGCUGCGGCUCAUGGCCGGCAGCAGGGACGUGCUCCGGGACGUGGCCCGGCCGCUCUCCACGCUGCCCAUGUUCAACAUCCGCACGGGGCAGCGCUCCGACCCCAUGGGCAGCGCCCGAGCCCCGCUGCUCCCGCCCUGA